CGAAGAAGAAGCUUAGAGAGGCAAAGCGAGAAGAUCAGGAAGAAGACACAGAGAUAUAAGACACUUUAGAUUCUUGAUGGGGAAUUGCUUUGAGGUUCAUGUGAAAUCUAUCAGUCCUCCCGACACCAGGCCUCUCAGUCCAGGCAGCAACAGCACUGCUACCACAGGGAAGCUAUCGACGAGCAGCAUCAGAAGUUUUGGGAGGUCGAUUGGCAGCAGGGAGGGCAGCUACGAUGCCUUCUCAGUGGGCAGGAUUCUGGAGGCUCCGAAUCUUCGGAUCUUUUCAUUUGCCGAGUUGAAGAACGCCACCAGGAAUUUCAAAGCCGACACUGUCGUCGGGGAAGGAGGAUUCGGCAGGGUGUACAAGGGCUGGGUCGACGAGAAGACCCUGACUCCGACCAAGAGCGGAGUCGGAAUCAGCGUCGCUGUCAAAAAACUGAACCCUGAUAGCCUGCAAGGCUUGGAGGAAUGGCAGUCGGAGGUGAAUUUUCUCGGAAGGUUGUCACACCCCAACCUUGUCAAGCUGAUGGGCUACUGCUGGGAGGAGAAGGAGCUUCUCCUUGUUUAUGAGUACAUGGCCAAAGGGAGCUUAGAGGGUCACCUUUUCGCAAAGGGCGAGCCGCUUUCAUGGGACCUGAGGAUGAAGAUAGCAAUCGGUGCCGCUAGAGGACUUGCGUUCCUGCAUGCGGCCGAGAAACAAGUGAUUUACAGGGAUUUCAAGACCUCCAACAUUCUUCUCGACUCGAACUUUAAUGCAAAGCUCUCGGACUUUGGUCUCGCAAAGAAUGGACCUACGGGGGAGAGAACCCAUGUGACAACGAGAAUCAUGGGCACGUAUGGAUAUGCUGCUCCGGAGUAUGUUGCCACAGGCCGUCUGUACGUGAAGAGCGACGUCUACGGCUUCGGAGUGGUGUUGCUGGAGAUUCUUUCGGGUCUGCGAGCGCUCGACCCCAGCCGCCCCAGCGGGCAGCACAAUUUGGUGGAUUUCGCCCGCCCCUUCCUGUCGGACCGCCGGAAGCUGGCCCGGUUGAUGGAUCCCAGACUGGAGGGGCGCUACCCGUCGCGGGCGACGCAGCAGGCGGCGCAGCUCACCGUCCGCUGCCUCGCCGUCGACCCCAAGGGCAGGCCUUCCAUGAAGGAGGUCGUCGAUAUACUGGUGCAGAUCGAGGCGAUGAAGAGCAGGUCGAGGGAGCAGUUGCAAUCUCUCCCCGGCUCGCCGGCGACGCCCCACCCCACCACGCGCCUCCACCCGCAGCGGUCGCCUAUUAAUCAUUCUCCCCGAGUAAAAUAAUUUUCUUAAGAGAAAAAUAUUAAAAUGGAAAUUCCAAUCCUUUUUGUUUCUUUGUGGAAAUACGAGAUGUACAAUACAAGAACAUCUAUAUAAAU